GAAGCUGAUCAUUUCUGUAGACAGAAAUAAAUCAUAUAUGAGUUUCUGUGCUUAAAUUGAUAUUCAGGCUUGUCCUCGUGCAUUCCUUUCAAUAAGACGUUUUGUUUGAAGAUUUGCGCGUCUUUAUAUAAUUACUAAAGCAAAAGAAUGUCAUAAAAUUAUCGUGACUCAAAAUAUCUGCGCUUGGUCUUAUGGUAAUAUGAACACACAAGGCAUCAUAACUGCAUAAGAAUAUACUUGCCGUAAUAAAUGGAUGGGUGGAUGAAUAAUGGAUGGAUUGCGUCGAUUUGUUUGGAAUUGGAUAUAUUAGAACGAUCAACAUAGUCUUAAAUGUAAUCGCGAUCGAUCGCCGUUGCAAUUAUUACGUUUCGUACUCAUGAUUUGGUACACUAGCGCCGAUUGGCUCAAUAUAGCGUGGUCAUUAAACGAACUAAUUAACCUUGAGUAAGUAUUGAGUCUAUGUUUUAAGACUACGAGCUAAGAUUUGAUGAAAACUGAGAUCGUUAUUGCAUUGGAUUGAAAUUGACAUUAAGAUUGCGUUGAAGAGUAAGCCUGCAGGUUGAAUAAGCUGCACAUAAUGUUGAAUACAAUAUCAAAAAGUCGAGUUUUGAUUGAAUUAAAUGUUAAACAAAUGUAAUUGUGCUAACGGCAGGGAAUCGAAACCGGAACUUGAGAGAUAGCCUCCACCUUAGCAUACAUCUUGAAUUUUUUGUCUUUGUAUAUUUAUUUUGUUUCAGGUUUAUGGGUAUGUCUGUUAUUGGUAAAGUUCUGUCUUUGCAUAUCACCGCCAGAGACUACCGGCUGUGUAACAGAGCGGCUCAAAAGUGGUUGCGUAAUGGAAGCAUACUGUUUGAAUGACAUAAACAUCGGUACUCAUACUAUAAUAGUGAACAAUCAUAUAAGCAAUUGCUUGUAUGUUUCAAUUGAUAAUGGAUAUGGUCAACAAUAUUAUAAUAAGGUAUACAUGACGUUCAAAGGUCAUGAUAUGAACAGUGAAAUUUUUGUCGAGUCCGUUGAUCCAACAAUUGCUAUUAAUUGUAUGAUUUGUAAUUUAAUAUAUAAACUAGACUUAAGUAGUAACGGCUAUGAAAGAUCACCAACUCUGAUGACUAUGGAAAAUUUGGCCAUUCUAAACUUAUCAAAAAAUAAUUUGGCCGUUGGAAAGCUUUCAAACGCUUUCGAAUUAAAGAAUUUGAAACAUUUAGAUUUAUCUAACAAUGCCAUCAGUACUAUAGAAGUUGACCAGUGGAGUUAUAAUAAAUUACAAACACUAAAUUUAUCAAACAAUGAACUUGUCUAUAUAUCAGAUGGUAUUUUUGAUGGGUUUUCUCAAUUAAAAAUUUUAGAUUUGUCACACAACGUUAUAGAUUAUUUAGAAGCGGGUUCAUUUGAAGGACUUAAAAACCUCUCGACGUUGCUUAUAUGUCAUAACAGACUAUCAGAAAUCAAUGGAUCAUUUUUCAGAUUUAUUAAACUUAUCUUUUUAGACUUGAGUAGCAAUAGACUGAAACAUAUAAAAGCCAGUGAUUUUGAUAAACUCCAGGAACUAACUCAUUUGAACUUAAGUGAUAACACUAUAUUAUCAAUUGAAAACACCGUAUUUAAUAAUAUGCCUUCCUUGCAAUUACUAAAACUUAAUAAUAACAGCUUUCAGGAGCUUGGUAAAAUAAAUUUUGCUAAUGCCAUAAAUUUAAAGUACGUUGAUAUUUCUAAAAAUCAUUUACGGAAAUUGCCAAAUGGUUUGUUUAAAGGAAAUGAUAUAUCGUUUUUUGAUGUAGAAGGAAAUAAUUUGGAAGGUUCACUUUCAAAAGGGACAUUUGAAGGAUUGAAAAGAGUCCCUAAGUUAGAUCUUAGUAAUCAACAGCUUACUAGUAUAGAAGAUUAUGCAUUUGUUGGUCUUGAUGUAAUUACUGAUUUAAAACUGAAUAAAAAUAAAUUGCAAACAUUGUCAAUUAACAGUUUCAAAAAGUUGACAAGUUUGAUUAUGUUAGAUUUAUCAGAUAACAUUAUUUUUGACUUAAGUUUCGAUUCAACAGACUUGAUCAACCUCCGUGUAUUAUCAUUAACAAACAAUUUCAUUACUAAUAUACAACAUGAAUAUUUUAAAGGAUUAUCUUCACUACAUUUUCUGCAUUUGUCGAAUAAUAAUGUCACCAAUUUGAAUUCAAUUUCUUUUAACUCUCUUCGUGAAUUGAUACAAUUUGAUAUAUCUGGCAAUCCUUUGAAUGGUACAUUAGAAACUGGCACAUUUAAUGGUCUAGUUGCUCUUCCAAUAUUAGAUAUAUCUUGUACUCAGCUGAGUGUCGUUAAGAAUGGUUCAUUUAUAGGGAUGGCAGAGUUGAAGUUACUUAAUAUUUCUCACAGCAAAAUUGUUGAAUUGCAAUACAACUCUUUUACUCUUUUAAGGACAGUAGAAACUAUUGAUCUGUCGUUUAAUCAAAUAAAAACAUUUGAAAUAAACGGGACAGAUUUAGUUACUCUUCAGAAAUUGUUGCUCAGCCAUAAUCUUUUGAAAUUUAUCACAAGUGACGUAUUUGUUGGAUGUCCAAGUUUAACAAAAAUUGAUUUAUCUCAUAAUAACAUCAUAAGCAUACAGGAAGAUGCAUUCAAAAAUCAAAAUGACUUGAACCAUUUAGACGUUUCAUUCAAUUCAGAGGCAGUUUUUAAUGUUUCUAUUUUUUAUCACAAUAAAAAUAUAUAUUACUUAAAUUUAGCGGGUCUUAAACGUGAAAUUAAGUUUUCGUCGAUUAAUGAAAAUCGUUUAUUUGACUUAGAUAUGUCAUAUGCAGAUGUAACGAAUUUAACAGCCUUGGAUUUAAAAAGAUUGACAGAUUUACGUAUACUUAUUUUAACCCAUAAUGCCAUUGAGAAAGUAGAAUUUGGUUCAUUUAAUAAUAUGACCGCUUUGGCAACUUUAGAUUUAAGUUUCAAUAAGAUCACGUUUAUCCAGCCCGGAGUAUUCACAGAUAACGUAUAUAUACAUACUCUCAAUGUUUCUCAUAAUUCGCUUUCAGCUGUUGCAUAUGGGGUUUUCAAAGGUUUACUCUAUUUAGAUACAUUAGAUAUGUCAUAUAAUAAUAUAAAAAGUCUAGAAAGUGAGCGAUUUUUUGAUGUACAGUCCUUGCAUACACUUAUAGUAGACUAUAAUAAUAUAGAUUUUAUAAGCACCUAUGAAUUUUCUCCAGUAAAUUUAAGGGAGUUAAGUAUUGGUGGCAAUCCUAUUUCUUGUAAAAUUUUAGCAAAUUUUAUGGAAAAUAGUGUGCCGUAUAAAAUUACUGCAAUAAAUGCACACGAGUCUUUAAAAGAAAACAUAAAAGGUAUUGCAUGUAAUAAUAAAGUGCAAUUAAAGCCAAAACAAAAUGAAAGCACUUUGAAUGAAACUAAUGAAGUAUUGACUGAUAUUAGAGAUUUUCUAAAUAUGAUAGUAAGCAAGAAUACUUCGACCGAAGAAGUUGCAAAUGGAAAUAUAACUUCUCAUUUUAUUACUAAUAUUACAAAAGAAUUUGAAAAGUUAGCACAUAGUUUUGAUAGUAAAUUGUUGACAUUUAUUAAUCAAAGCUCAAUAAUUAUGAAAGAAAUAGCCAAAGAAAAUGCAAACAUUACAAAUGAAAUAAUGCAAGAAAACACAAAUGGCACUAAUACAUUGUUAGAAAAAAUAUUGAAGUCUAUUAAUCGAAUGAAUUUAUUAACGACACCUAUAUCUGUAACAAAAGACAGAAAUAAUAAAUCUGAUGAUUUCAUCGAGUAUAUUAAUAAUGUUAGAAAUGAAAUGGCGGAUAUUAUUGUAGCUGAAAAGAAAAAUAUAUUAGAUGAAGUUGAAAAUAAAUUAAGAGUUAUGAUGUCUAAAAAUUUAACAGAUACCACGACAACCCUCACGCCCAAAGCAGUUCACGAAAAACUGAUUAGUAGCAAUAAUGUUACUGCAAGUCGACCUACACUAUUCACCGAUAUUUGUGUUAUGUUAAUUCUUUUGAUAUUAGUCUGUUUGAUUUUAUAUAAAUUUUAUAAAUCAAGAAUGUUUGUUCGUGCAAGACGAUCGUAUAGUACAAGAGAAUUGCCUAAUAAUAUGGAAAGCCCAGAUCUGUGAUAUGACUAUUUCGUUAUUCGUCGAUUUCAAGAGUCUAAACAAAUACAUAUUUAUUUCGAUAUAAGCGUAUCUAAAUAAUAAUUAAGGUGUUAUUAAAUAUUUCUAAGUUUAGACAUUAUAAUCUAGCAUUAGAUUUGUAAGUUAUUAUAUGUUUGAUAAAUAUUACAAAAAAAAACAAUUAUUUUAUCGGUGUUAUAAAGUUAUUCCCCCUAAUAUUAAUAGGUAUUGGUAAUAUAAUAAAGUUAGAGCCCGUUAAAUUAAUAAAUAUAUGGCUAAGAAAACCACAAUUAAGUUUAAAAAUCAGCAAAAAAGUAAAAGACUUAUAUUGCAGUAUAUAAAGCCUACUGAUGAAAAUUGAAAUCAAACAUAACAUCUUGUGUUUGCU